ACUGAGGUGGACCGUCUGCCCUGUUUGCAGCGUCUCUUUCUCAGCUGCAACAACAUCAUCAGUUUUGAUCAGCUAGCCUGCCUCGGAGAGUCGCGCACCCUUUCUGAGCUCACCCUGGAUGGGAAUCCUGUAGCCCUGGAGACAUGGUACAAGCAGGCCGUCCUGCGCUGUGUGCUUCAUCUCAGACAGCUGGACAUGAAGCGCAUCACAGACGAGGAUCGGCGCAUGGCAGGUGUACAGGCUCGAAAAGAGGAGGAAAAGAAGAAGGAGAGUCACAAGCAGACCAUUCAUAAGGAGAAGCGUCGUCUAGCAAUUCACAAUGCAGCCCAGCAGUGGAAGGACAUCAUGGCCAACUUGGAGCUGCUUCCAACAAAUGGCACAAAAGAGGAUGUUAGUCCAGAGAGCAGCCCCGCUCACAGCCCUGCACAGACCAAUGGCCUUGCACUGGAGCCUUCUCCAGAAGAACCAAAACGGGUAAGCCCCGGUUCAGGACCAGAAAGACCAUCAGGACCAACAGAGAAUAGACUUCGCACCAACAGCCAUCCAAACAGCCCACGUGAUCCAAAGCUUGUGGAGACAGGGAGUGGCAAUGUUCAGAGCUUGUCCUUGUCUGACAGUCAUCUAGCAGAGCUUGAUGGAGACACCCUGCGUUUAUUUGGACUGGGAGCCCUGGAGGCCCUGGAGAGGGGCUGGGGUGCUCAGACCGCCGGUGCCGUCAACAUCAUCACCUUCCGCUACAUCAACUUCGACGCCAUUGUACCCACACUGUCGAGAAUAAGGGUCAAGUUCCCUAAUCUGUCGCAUCUGAUCUUCCUGGAAACCAGCAUCAGCCGUCUCCCCCAGCUUGCAGCCCUGGCUCAGGUCAGGCGUCUGGACCAGCUUACCAUCCACCCAGAAGGCAACCCAGUGGUCAGUCUGGCUCUGUGGCGCUCAUUCGUCAUCUACAGACUCCACCACUUCAACCUCCAGAAGAUCAAUGACCAGGAGGUGACCAUGAAUGAUGUGAUUGCUGCAGAGCGAGUGUUUGGGACUCUGGGUCACAUAGCAGCUACUGAAACUCCCCACUGCCGGCUCCUACUGCUCCUAGAAGAGUCCAGGAAACGGCAGCUGCAGUUCCUGUUGGAGGGGCGCGGCCGGCGGGCAGGGCUUAGUCCAGAAGAGCUACGGGAUAAUGGGAAGCUCCAGGGUGAAGGUCUGAGCAGAGCGCUGUUUAACUAUCCAAGCAGGGAUUGCAGUGCAGAAAGCCCUGAGGAGGGCUCAGUGGAUUCAUCGGAGCGUGCCGUUAUGAUAGAGCAGUACCUCCAGGAGUUAGUCCAAAGGGCUUCAGACACUAAUCUGAAGGGUGAGGUUUUACACAAGCUCUGGCCGGCCAUGUUUGCAGAGAUGGUGAGAGACUGUGUGCUGGAGAUGAAGGACCAACCAGCCUUCCGUCAAGCCAGUUUAGCGAAGCUCACUGAGAGCAAGUGA